AUGGGUAGCACCCAAAGCAAGAGAAGGAAGAAGAAAGAAGUGGUGAGAGGAUUGAGAGAGAAAGUGAGGAUGCUAGAGAAGGAGAUGAGAGAGAUGAUUUGGAUAAGAGAGAGUGAGAAUGAAACCCAUCAGAGGGAGAUAAUGGUGUACUCUCUUAAGGAGAGAAAAUGGAGGAGAGAGAGGAAGAGGAUGAGAGAGGAGGUGAAGAGGCUGAGGAAGAUGUUGGAGGAGAGAGAAAGGAGAGAGAAAUAUUAUCAUGAUGUAGAUGAUGGGAGAAAGUGGGAGUGGCAGUUGGUGGCCGCGGGGACUAGACACCGGACAGAGGAGGAGGAGGAGGAGGAGGAGGAGAGAGCACGGCGGGACGACGCCGUUGAGCGGUGGAAAAGGUUGUACCUCGCCAUCAAAGUUGAGCUUGAUGCUCUCAUUCUCAGGACACACCAAGGUACAACUUCCCCUUUCUGUUCUCUCGACAUCUUAAAUCUUAACCCCUGGAGAGAGAGAUUACACGAUAGAUCAGAGGAAGAACUGAAGGAGAAGCUUCAAAGGGAUAUGAGGGCAAAGGAAGAAACCAUUGAGCUUCUGCAAGCAAAAAUAGCUUCAAUGGAGCAAAAAGAGUCAAAGAGGGAGAGAGAG